AAGAAGAAAAGUCUGCGGCAAAGCUUACUAAGGUUUGGUAAUUUUGAAAGCAAAUUUAUUUUCAAAUAAACAAAACAAUUGAAUAAAAAUGGACAAUCUAGAAGCCAAUAUCAUGGAUAAAUCCAUGCGUUCGGUGUUUGUGGGAAAUAUUCCCUAUGAAGCAACAGAAGAGAAACUCAAAGACAUAUUUGGGGAAGUGGGUCAAGUUUUAUCUUUCAAGCUCGUGUUUGACCGAGAGACGGGCAAACCAAAAGGCUAUGGCUUUUGUGAAUACAGAGACCAAGAAACUGCGCUGAGCGCCAUGAGGAAUCUAAAUGGUUAUGAAAUCGGCGGACGAAACUUAAGAGUGGAUAAUGCUUGUACUGAGAAAUCAAGAAUGGAAAUGCAAAAUCUUUUAAAUCAACCUCCAGUAGAAAAUCCUUACGGAGAACCCAUUCAAGCAGAGAAAGCUCCAGAAGCCAUCAGCAAAGCUGUAGCUUCUCUCCCUCCUGAACAAAUGUUUGAAUUGAUGAAGCAAAUGAAAGCCACAAUUCAGAAUAAUCCAACUGAAGCUCGCCAAAUGUUGCUACAGAAUCCCCAGCUGGCUUAUGCGUUGCUUCAGGCUCAAGUAGUUAUGAAGAUUAUUGAUCCACACACGGCAGCAUCUUUGUUACAUCCUGUGAAUCAAGUGCCAGCAACAUUGAUGCCAGGUGAUAAAAAUGUCCCAAUACAAGUACCCAUCAAUAGCCAAUUUCAACAAGCUCCAGUUCCUGUUGCUCCACCUAGGCAAGAGUUUCAACCUGUACCCGCGCCUAUCAUGCAUCCAAAUGCUCAUAACGCUCCUGUUUUCACAGGUCAAGAUGUGGAUCUAAGAUCCAUUGAUCCUCGGGCAACAACUGACGUUAGGAUGAACAGAAUGGCUGACCAAGAUAUGAGACAAUUGCCACCACAAACAGCUCAGCUACCAAAUCCGGUACCACCAGCUGUAAGCGAGAAUCUUGCAGCAAUUCCUAAACUACAGGAUAUUAAAACGGACAGCUUCCAAAGGGAUCCCAGAAUGACCCCAACAGUGUUCCCAACAGAUCCCAGACAAGCCACUCGUGCUGAUCCAAGACAAAAGCCCAUUCCAACGCCAGUUCAAGGUCCUCAACAGUCUAUAAGACCAGUUAAUGCUGCGCCCGUAGCCCCGCCAGUGGCAGGACCUACUCCUCCAAGACCAUCUAUGCCGGCUGCAGCUGGAGCUAUGCCUCCUGGAGCGACAGACCAAGAAAAAGCCGCGCUUAUUAUGCAAGUCCUUCAGCUUUCUGAUGAGCAGAUUGCAAUGUUGCCACCUGAGCAGAGGAAUAGUAUUUUGGUACUUAAAGAACAAAUUGCAAAGAGCGCUCAAGGACGUUAAAUUUUCAGUUUAAAUGAUUUUUUUUUAUAUAAGAGUCCAUUAAAAAAAAAAUAGUAAAAAUUAAAAUUGCUUAUUUUACCUUCCCCUACAAUAGCCCAAAUUCACUUCUAAAAUGAAAAGAAAACUUUCAAUGUUCCCUUGAUUACU